CCCGUUAUGUGUGUUUCAGGCGUCCUGGCCCUGGCCUUGGCCGUCAAUUACUGCUCCGGUGCUGUUGUCCUCACGCCCGAAAGGAAAGACGUGCUCAGCAGCCUUUCUAACGCUGCCAUCUCGACCUUAUCCUCGUCCCUACCCUACCUCCAAUCUGUCGUCCAAGAUUCCGGCAAGUUUAUCGGAAGUGCCGUUGCAACUGUCUUGUCUUUUGUCAGUGAUCACGAUGGCGACAUUAACAUCCCAAAUUAUGGUUACGUCAACUACCACCUUGACGCGUGCACACUGUCAUUGGGUAAAAGGGAGGAAAAACGCUGGUUAGGGUCAGUUUGGAACACCAUCAGUGAUGUAGUCGACACGGUUGUUGACACUGUCGUCCCCGAAAGGAAAUGCAAGGCUCGUGUCUCAGACCCUCUGACUGGGUUGAGCCGGUCCGCCACCAAAGGCUCUCCCGAAGACGCCCUGAAAAGCGCCCUCACCGGUUUGUUUGAAGAUAUUGUCAAGCUUGCUCAACAGGUCCAGGGAUAGACCGAGGUUGAUUUGUUACCAACCUCUAUUCCCAGGGGUCAAAGCGCACCCCCACUUCCGGUGCUCUACCGUGCAGUCAUGUUGACUUGCUAAUCAAAGUAGUGCCCGGAUGUAGAGGUUAGAUUUGUAACUAAUUUCGAACUUUUUGUUUCUUGGUCUACUCAUUCCAAUAAAAAUAGGCACGGUAUCG